CAGAGAAUAGACGGGAGCAACCAUGGAAGAUGAAGAACACAGCGGAUGGGGCAUUGGGUCGACGGUGAUUCUUCUGAUUAUUGCUUGUGUUCUCUUCUUGGCUCCUCUCGAGAUGGGUCCUUUGCAGCCGCCGUCCACUCUCUCACUGCUUUUCUUCCCUGUUAUCUUGUUGGGCAUUCUCUACUUCCUCCAUCAAGCCUCUAAUGAAGAAUGA